AACGCGCGCAGGCCCCCGGAAAAGUCAACGAACGUCGUCAAGGUCGACGUUGAGCUUCAAAACACCCCUACCGGCCCAGCAUGUCUUCAAAACUCCCCCCCGUCCUGAGCGCAACCGAUGAAGAGAUCCAGAUGCUCCUGGCCGCUCAGGCGCAUAUCGGCACGAAGAACUGCGACAAGCAGAUGGAGUCCUACGUUUGGAAGAGAAGGUCCGAUGGCAUCCAUAUCAUCAACAUCGGCAAGACCUGGGAGAAGAUCGUGCUCGCUGCGCGUAUCAUUGCCACCAUCGAGAACCCGAACGACGUUUGCGUUAUCUCCGCCCGCCCAUACGGACACCGCGCCGUCCUGAAGUACGCAGCCAACACUGGCGCUCAGGCUAUCGCCGGCCGUUUCACCCCUGGUUCUUUCACGAACUACAUCACCCGCUCGUUCAAGGAGCCCCGUCUUAUCAUCGUCACCGACCCCCGCGUUGACCACCAGGCCAUCCGUGAGGCGUCCUACGUGAACAUCCCCGUUAUUGCCCUCUGCGACACCGAUGCUCCCCUCAAGUACGUCGACGUUGCUAUCCCCACAAACAACAAGUCCCGCCACUCUAUUGGUCUCAUCUGGUGGCUCUUGGCUCGUGAGGUCCUUCGGUUGAGGGGCACUAUCCCCCGCACCUCUGACGGCUGGAAUGUCAUGGUUGACAUGUUCUUCUACCGUGACCCUGAAGAGGUUGAGAAGCAGCAACAGGAGGAGGCUCAGGCGAAGGCUGCUGCUGCUGCUGGCGAGGCCGAGCCUGAGGUCGCUAAUGUCUCAGAGUGGGAUGUUAGCUCUGCCCCUCAAGCCGGCGGCAUCAACCCUGCACUGGUCGCCCAGGAGGGUGGCGCCCUCGACUGGUCUGCGGAGCCUACCACCGGCCCCACCGACUGGUCAGCAGAGCCAGCUGCCGGUGCUGGUGGAUGGGAUGCGGCGCAGCCGGCGCCCACUGGCUGGGAUUAAAAGUCAGACGUCGAGAUAUUGGAGUCUGGUCGUUUUCCACCACUUGCCUUCCGAGCAUGCACCUACUUAUAUGUUAUGUCCGGUCGUUCUACCAAAAGCAUAUGCAGUCCAUGACCAACAUGACCUUUUUCACGCUUUGUAUAUCAAUGUAGGGGGCGUGUGGGAGUUGAGUAGAUCGCAGUGACGCUGGGAUGACUGA